CAGAAACGCUCGUGCUGUCGCACACGAGCAUCACCCCGACAGACACGCUGCCGGCGGCGACCGUUGUCAACCUCUCCCACAUGAGACCUGUACCGGAGCUGCUGCAUCUGACCAACGCCAUCGACAUUGCCCUGGGAUAUGGGUCCAAGGUGCGGCAGUUCACAUGUGCGCCACGCAUCGAGAGACUCGUGAUCCGUGACGCCACGGGCACGCCACCAUGCAUUCCAAAGUUUGAGCACGCCCAGGUCGUGUGCCUUGCGCUGCCGCAUCUGCACCUGACGAGCGAGCAGCUGGUUGACCUCAGCACCCGCGUUGACAAGUUGGUACUUCGACGGUUGCUGCGCGUUCCGGAUGAUGCAGACUCGCCGCAUACAAGCACAAGCGUCGUGCGUGGUAUCCCCGACCAUGCGCACGUGUGCCUGGACUGUUUCGAGAUUGACGAACCGGUCCCACCGUGCGUCAAAGAGCUCAAAGCGCUGGUGGAAGGCAGCGCUGUGCAAGGCAGGUUCGUCAGCCACGUCCCGCGCCUGAGUCUCAAAGACAAAUGCGGGCACGCGCGCAUCAACGACGUGCACUUGCUCUCUGGGCGCAAGGUGCUGCAGUUGACGCAGGUCUUGCUUGAAGGGGAGCUCGCGUCUUGCGAGCAGCUGAGUCUGUGCGGGUGCCGGGGGCGCCUGGGCUUGACAUCCAUUGGGUCCCUCGACCUGAAUGGCGCAGUGGUGACUACUGACGAUGACAACGGCGACGGAGACAACAACAUCGAUUCUGGCGAUGGCAGUGACGACAGUGACAACAGGGCACUUGCGGAGACGAAGCUGUUAAUCACGCGCGUGCACCAUGUGACCCUCUGCCGUCUCGAGGAGUGCGUCAUCCACGAAUUUGGGUGCUUUCAGGACGUGCAGCACCUCACGCUGAAGGAAUGCAAGUUCGAGGACCUGGCCAGCUUUCCGCCCGUGCAUGUCCUCGUUUUGCGCAACUGUGAAACCAUGGACGAGGACGGGUGGUGCCCAGCCAGACCGCACGAAACGCGGCAGCCCAGAACAGACACGAUUGUGCUCGAAAACGCCACCACAACCACAAACACACGUCAACGCGACCCUUUUGUUGGCGCCCGUGACCUGUUGCUGUUGUUCUUCUCCUUGUUGGUGACAUGA